AUGACCGAUGAAUGUACACUAUCAGUGAACAAUAAAUCACUUGUACCAAGUGGUUCGCAAACAGCGACGUCAUCAGCACAUUGUAAAGGAUUACGUGGUUUCAUGGAUACUGUCUUUGAAGGAAAAUAUUUCAUGCGUAACAAAAGUGAAAAAAUCUCAGUUCAGCAACAAAACCUAAGGAGUGAUAAAGGUUCAACAAAAAUGCUACAUAUCGACAAUGAAAACAGCGGUCGGACUGAACCGAAACUAACGACAACAACAUCGUUGGCUGUACACGAACCAGUACAAAAAUAUCAUGGGAAAAUAACUGAUGAACUGAUUCGUGCAAGUAAGGAAAGGAAAAAUAAAAUGAACGAAAUAAGUGAAAUCCCAGCAAAAAGGCCACAUUCAGCUCGACCUGACAAAUCGAAAGCCGUCGAUACUAAUUAUGGUAACAAAACUAUGACCCAUUCAUCAAGGCAAUCAUCUCCAACCGUUCUACGUAUUCAAAACAAGCGAAGUGUUCGAAAUGUUAAGAAAAGUUCUCAGUCCUCAUCAUCUCAAGCUAAAACACAUCUACUGCGCGGCUUUUCAUUCCGAAAUAAAGGCACUUCCGUCCAUUGCCAGAAAAAUGUUCUUUCACCGUUGUUAUUAUCAUCCUACAAUCAAAAACAACGUGUAGAUGCUAUGGAACAUAAGAUGAAUUCGUCGUUUGAAGAUUCAUCAGCCCUCACCAAAGUGUCCGAUGGACAUGAAAAUGAUAAACGAGAUAUUAAGCUUGCGGAAGUGAAUGUUCACAAAUCAUCUGGAAUGUUCGAUCAAACGAUGGAAGGAAGUUUCAAUGAGGUUUCAAUUGACCAUGCAUUACAACAAAUAGGCAUUAGUUCAGUGUCUGAUGAACGGAACUCCGAUCGAAAUGUCACUAAAAGAAAUGAGACAAUUUCAAAAGUGAUGAGUUAUUCACCGAAAACAGUGUCGAAUUGUCGAGCACUGAAUAACCGCGCUGAAGACCGUGAUGAUAAAACUCCUAUUCUGGCAGCAGUAACAUCUAGCUGUACUAAUACAACCACUUCCAGCAUUAGCAAUAGUUUCCAACAACAUCGCGUAAGAUCGUUGAUACGUUGCUCACGCCAAACACAACGCUAUCAAAUGCAGCAAAAUCAUCCUCAAUCGGUUGAGGUUAUUAACCCAGCAACGCCAUUUAAGCGUGGUUUCGUACACUUGCGUGAUUCAAGGAGACGUAUUGCUGAAAAGAUGCAUCUCAGAAAAAGUCAACCAAACAUUGCGGAUUCACUUGAGAAGGCAACACAUCAAAAAGCUUCACAGCAGUUAUCUGAUCAUUCAGCAACGAGAGUGAAAUUUUUGAAUGAGAAUAAACCAACAGUAAUGAAUAAAUGGAUUCGUAUUGCAAAAACAACAUCCGCAUAUGGGAAUUUGGCGUUUGAAAGAAGUGGGAAUUUGGUGAAGCAUGAUUGUGUUGAAGAGAAUAAAUCAUGCUGUUAUGCUGAUAUUGACCUCGUCGACAACGAUUAUGAUGAUGACAACAAGACUGAAUCCGAUCAAGCAAAGCUACACAGUCGAGAGGCAUAUUCAGCACGAGUUCGUGCGAAAGAUUCACCAAUUAGUUCUAAUCAGCAACAUGGAAACAAUUUAGGCAAUACACAUCAAAAAGCAGAUAUUUGUGUAUAUACAACGAAUCAAAAGGUUCUUGAUGGUUUACCUUACGUGGACAGUGAUGAAACAGAGUAUUUGAAUGAUGAAGAGAACAGUUUUGGAAAAAAAAUGAAAAUUUCAAAUUCAAAAUUCACUUAUGAUCAAUGUUGUCAACCGAAUGGUUUUCUUAUUGGUCAGAUUCUGCAAGAGCUUCAUAUGAAUCGUCAAUUUCUGAACAAUAAUCGUGCAAGUUUGUCAUUGGUAAAAAGCGAUUCAGACAUUCCCGAUGAACGGGAACGUAAUAUGAUUUCGUCCUCCAUCGGAUCAUUCUCUGACAAAACUGCUCCAUCACCAAACAAACCCAAAAGUGUAAAGCGCAUCUGUACUAAUCCAAAUGACCGCAGUGUUUGUGGGACAGUUAAAGAGGAACUGCAGUUCAUAUCUGAAGUCGGUACACGUUCAAGUGCUUGGUUCAAUAAACAAAACCAUCUAUCUGAAGUUAUUACCGCGAACGUUCCUGUGUGUUCCGAGCUGCACAAAUGUGGUAAAGAUGAAGUAUGCAGUUAG